AUGGAUGACGAAGCGAUGUCACUCGGUGACAUGCGACAUCAUGAUCGGUGCACGGCCGAACUGGAAAAUUUGGGUGCAUCAACAAUGGAUAUGUUGGCCGAUUUGUCGUUGGUGGAACGACGAAAAAUGGCACUUAGUGAAGGAUACCUAUCAAGUCGUAACGUCGCAUUCGAACAGUUCGCAUCAUGGAGCGAUUCAGAACAAGUAGAUUUUGUGAAAACACUUAUUGGGCGUAUGUGUCACGCACAACACGGUCAAAUCGAUAACUUCCUGAAACCGAUAUUACAGCGAGAUUUUAUCACGUUUUUACCGAUGAAUGUUGCCGAAGUGAUUCUAUCUCAUUUGGAAGCACGCUGGUUACGUUGUUGCGAGAAGGUGAGUCAUUCAUGGCGGAGGGUAAUUGCACAUCGAAUGUUAUGGCGUAAAUUAAUUGAACGGAAGGUUCGCUCAAAUCCUGUUUGGAGAGGUAUAGCCGAAAAGCGAGCAUGGAUGCGAUUCAUUUUUAUAAGUAAAGAAUGUGCACAUUCACUCAUAUAUCGUGAAAAAGGAUGGACAGAGGAGUCGGCUGAAAAAUUGAGGGGCUCGUUGGAAUCCAUCGAAAUGCAACAUAGGUUCUACAGAGAUUUGUAUCCGAUUAUGGAGAAAGAUAUUGAGGCACUGGAGACGAACUGGCAGCUGGGCAAUUACGUAUUGAGCAGGAUUAAUUGCCACUCUGAGCAAAGCAAAGGAGUGUAUUGCCUUCAAUACGAUCACGAGAAAAUCAUUUCUGGACUGCGUGACAAUACCAUAAAAGUGUGGCAAAGAGAUAAUCUGCAGUGUAUGCAAACAUUACGUGGGCAUACUGGAUCUGUGCUAUGUUUACAAUUUGAUGAUCGAAUCAUCGUUAGUGGUAGUAGUGAUACCACUGUCAGAGUAUGGGAUGUGAAUACGGGUGAAGAGUUGCACACACUUAUUCAUCAUACGGAAGCAGUUUUGCAUUUACGAUUCCAGAAUGGAAUGAUGGUCACUUGCUCAAAAGACCGUUCAAUAGUGGUUUGGGAUAUGGUCAGUGCAAAGGAAAUCAACUUGCGACGUAUUUUAGUUGGACAUCGCGCUGCCGUUAAUGUUAUUGAUUUCGAUAAAACUUACAUAGUAUCGGCAUCUGGUGAUCGAACCAUCAAGGUAUGGAGUGCUAAUACUUGUGAGUUUGUGCGAACACUGAAUGGCCAUAAAAGAGGCAUAGCUUGUUUGCAGUAUCGUGAUCGGCUGGUUGUUUCUGGAUCUAGUGAUAAUACUAUAAGAUUAUGGGAUAUCGAACUGGGUACAUGUUUACGAGUAUUAACCGGUCACGAAGACUUGGUCCGUUGUAUUCGUUUCGAUGCAAAACGGAUUGUUAGUGGAGCCUAUGAUGGAAAAAUUAAAAUUUGGGAUUUGCAAGCCGCGCUUGACCAGCAGUCACCUCCGGAACGUGUAUAUUCUAGAAACUUAGUGGAGCACACGGGUCGAGUGUUUCGGUUGCAAUUCGAUGAGUUUCAAAUAGUCUCAUCAUCACAUGAUGAUACGAUUCUCGUUUGGGAUUUUUUGAAUCCAGUAGUUGAUGGCACUUUUUCGGAUGGCUUACCCGCCUCGGAAUGUUCACAUCGAUCGCGGUUAGCAGUCGCUCCACUAGCGUCUAGCUCACCGCUGAACCGCAGCGUUAACGUACCUUCUGAGAAUGGUUUGACAUUGUAUUUGCAUUUCCACAAAAAUGAUUAUGGUGAUAUACAUGAACGCCAGCGAGAUCUGCAACAUCAGCGACAGCAAAUUGAAAAUGAACAGAUCGAUCGCUUAGCGAACAAUAUUCAGAAUGCUGUCAUCAAUGGUAAUGACAGGUGA